CAAAAUAUUUUUAGGGUUUUAGCGCGAGGCCUCGAUGGCGCUCCGCCAGGCAAUGCGGCUUCUGGUCCGGCGCUGCGAUCGCUCGCCAUUGCUCCCAGCUCGCUCCAUUGCUGCGCAUUUCGCUACUGCUACGGGAGGCACGCGAUCUAAGCCUAAAGAAGACGCUGCUCCCUUGACUCGUGAGGAGAGGAAGAAGAAAUACGCGAAAUUCGAAGAGAAGGAUUUGAUUAUCCCGGAUCCAAAUCCUGCUACCGAGGCCGUGCAAGAAAUGUAUGACAAGAUGAUGCUCCAGAUGUCGAAAGGAGACACUUUCUCAAAGGCUGAUCUUUUCGAGCUCUUCCAUGCGUGUAAAACUCGAGCCGAUAUCAAUCUCUGCCUCAAGCUCUUGGAGCGGCUUCACAAGUUUAGGGCCGCGCAGCUCAAAGUUUUCCGAAACUUCAACGCAGAUAUAUCAGAGCUUGUAGCGAAAGCAUUCACCCAAAUAAACGAGCCAAAGUACGCGUUACGAGUUUUCACUAGGUACAAUCGAUUCGGGCUGACUCCCGACAUUAAGGCGUCUCACAAGUUGCUGGAAUACGCCAGCGACAAGUUUGAUAUUGGGCUUUCGUUUGAUAUCCUGAGGCACAUGCGUGAGAACUCACAGAGGCCAAAUGCCGAUUCAGCACAUCUGUUUAUAAAGCAAGGGAUGAAAACCAAAAGGGCAGUGGUAUUUCUCGACGUCGCAAGGGAGUUCCAUCUCAACGACGUUCAACUCUAUCCUGCUACCUACGAUAUAUGCCUCGUCUGUGCUGCAAAUGCAGGAAGAGCGAAAGAUGUCAUGGAAAUUCAAAAGUAUCGAGAACAAUACAAGAUACCUCCUUCUCCAUCGAGUACCUUCUCUUUAGCAAAAGCACUUCUUCUCAAGGCAAAACCAGAAGACGCUGCGAAGCUUAUACACGAAGAGUGCAAGGACGAGGAGGUUUUGGGAAAAUAUAUCAAAAGCAUGGUCAGACUGUGGCCAGUAAAGCUUGCUACAUGCCACACGGGCUCCAGGAAAAGUGCAAAGAGCUCCAUGCGCUUCGUGAGGGACAUGCUGGUAAAGAUGCUGGGCUCCCUCUCCAGCUUAGGUGUCAAAGUGGACAUCGACAUCGAGCAAAACUUUGGAGCGGCCAAAGGAUCAGGUGACAAGUACGAGUUUUGUUUUGGCGAAGCCAAAGCCGAAGCCGCAUAGAGAUAUCCUUCCGGUAGAUCGAGAGAGAAAAAGAGAGUGAGAACUUUUUUACUUGACUUUCUUCAGUUGGUCCUCUUCUCUUCCAGAUUAGCUGUGAGCUAUCUCAACGAGUGCUCUGUGGAGAGACUGAGGCUUCGAAAAGAAUGGCGAAUGGUCGCUGCCUUUCACUUUGAAAA